AUGAGGCAACUUGAAGGGUUUGCAAAGGAGGGAAAAGAGCAUACAGUUUGCAAACUUGACAAUGCGAUUUAUGGAUUGAAGCAAGCAUGCAUGCAUGAGGUGAAAGUUCUGUUAGCUAUAGGAGAUUUGAAGAAGGAGCAUUGCCCUAAGAAUAAGGAAGAAGAAGAUGAGAUGAGAAACAAGACGUAUGCUUCUCUAGUUGGAAGCAUUAUGUACGUACAAGUAUGUACAAGGCCAGACCUAGCCUUGUGCAUUAGCAAGAUUGGGAGAUUUCAGUCAAAUAUGGGAAUGCAACAUUGGAUAGCUGGAAAGAAGAUUCUAAGGUAUCUACAGAGACCAAAGGAUUACAUGUUGAUUUACAAAUGUAUUGAGAAUUUAGAGCUUGUUGGUUAUGCUAAUGCGAAUCUUGGAAAAGCAGAGGAUGAUUACAUCUAUGCUUCAGGUUUUCUUUUCAAGAUGGCAGGAGCAGUUGUUGCUUGGAAAAGUGCUAAACAAUUUGGUGUUUCAAGUUCAACUAUGUUUUCAAAAUACAUAGCUUGCUAUGAAGUCAGUUCUCAUGCAGUAUGGCUAAGGAAUUUUAUCAAACACAUUAAGGUGGUGAACUUGAUUUCAAGACUAGUGCAAAUAUACAAUGACAACACUGCGGUUGCUUUUCACUUCAUGAACAACAAGAUGUCGUCUGGACUUCAGCACAUUGACAUAAAGAAUUUAAUAGUAAGGGAAAAGGUAGCAGAUAAACUAGUCAGGUUUGAUCAUAUCAGAACUAAAGAUAUGACUGCAAAUCCGUUUACAAAGUUUAUGCCUUCAGAAGAGUUUCUGAGACAUGUUGAGAGCAUGGGAUUACUUCCUAGCUAUGAUGCUGCAAUCUAG